AUGAGUGUAGGAACUCAAGAUCCUGUUAUACUUUCAAGACUUCAAUUGGCAAGAGCUUUAAAAGAAGAUCUUGAUAAUAUUAAUGCUGAGCCACCUGAAAAUAGUGCUAUAUUCAUAAGGCAAAGAACCGCAAGGAACUCUAGAGUAAAUAGUAUCCAGAGUAUCCGUCGUAGUAGUUAUAGUAAUAAUAAUAGUGUCGACAACGACGUUGAUGAAGAUGAAGAGAUAUCUGUCUACUAUCUACCCAAACCAAAAAAUCUAAUUGUUCCUCCUGUCCUAGCAAAAAACGAUGAUAAAAAAAAUAAUAACGGUAAUGGUAAGAUAAACAAGCGUCAUACUCAAUUACAAAAGUUACAACCGAUACAACCACAAUAUCAAUCAUUACAACCACCAUCUCCUUUACAACCUCCAUCACAACCAUCAUCUCCCUCUUCUUCGCAAAAACAAAGCCGUAAUAAUAGUAUUGGCAAGCCUACAACACUUUUGGAUGUUAGGGAAUCAAUGCUGGAAACAAGGCAGAAUAUACAUAAUAAUAUGAUUCAUUUUAAUGCUUCAUCUAGUCAUAGGACUUCUUUAAUUCUACAACAAGGUUUACCAUCUAAAUCUCAUGGCUCAAAACUAAAUAAUUCUCCUGCUGCUACUACUUCUUCAAGACCAACCUCAAUGAUAGUUACUUCUCCUCUACCUACACCUCAAAAAUCUCCAAGACCUUCUUCAUCAUACUUUAAAACGACACCUUCAUCUAAUAACAAUAAUAAAUUAAUGUCAACAAAAACGGAUAAUCUUCUUUAUGCUAACCAUGAUAAUGAUGACAAUGUGUCACCAUUAACAAGCCAUAAUUCAAAAUUAUCAACUACCCCUAAGAAUCGUAAAAAUAGCAGCAGCAGUAGUGGUUACAGUAGUGAUGAUAGUAAUAACAAAUCCAAAUCCAAAUCUAAAUCAAUACAACAACAAAAAAAUUCAAAUAAAAGUAAUAGUAGUAGUAGUUCUGCUUCAUCAGACGAAGACCAACAAACCUCUACUAGAAGAUUGUCUUCAUCAAUGUCUACUAAGCCAAAGCCAAAAAUUAAAGUACAAAAUACUAAUCCUCAUACACAAGUAAAAAAUGGUGCGAGAAUUGAGGCUUGGAUUGAUUCAAUAUCAAGUCAAUCACCAUCGUCUUCAUCUUCUUCAUUACCGUUAACAAGCUCAGAACCAAUCGUACCUGGUAUUACUUCUCGUUCACCAAAACCACAAUAUCAUUCGUCAAGAAAACGAAGUAACAGUGAACACACACAUAAAAGUCGAAAUAUAUCUACAUCGGAUCAACCUCCACAAUUGCAACUUCUGCAACUUCCACAUCUGCAACUUGGUCGUACAUCUCCAUCGCCAAAACAAGAUUCAGAUUGGGCUAAAGAUACUUUGCAAGCUUUUGAUGAUUUUCGUCUUUCGAGCACGACGGAUGAUUCUUCAAGUUCGAAUUCAUCUUCGAAUAAUUUACGCCGUGCUAGCUUAAAUAUUAAUAUUGAUGAGUUUUUAUAA